CAUCCCCCGGCAGUAAAGACAAGCUACUCUCUCGAGGAUAUGGCCACCCUCUCCCCUGCCACCAACCUCCUCCACCGUCUUUCCUCCUCCUCUGUCCUCUCCGCCACCGAGCGAGGCAACCGCCAACCCGGCCUUGCUUCCUUCCUCCCGAAGACGUGUCGGAUCAGACCUCGCCGGUCCAUCUCCUCCGUGCACGCCGCGGAGCCAGCCAAGACGCCGGUCGUGACCAACAAGCCCAAGAAACUGGACACGGCUCCGGCACCGUCGACGAAGUGGGCGGUGGACAGCUGGAAGGCUAAGAAGGCGCUGCAGCUGCCGGAAUAUCCGGUUGAGAAGGAGCUGUCGGAGGUGCUACGGACUAUCGAGAGCUUCCCGCCGAUCGUGUUCGCCGGGGAGGCGCGCCACCUAGAGGAGCGCCUGGCGGACGCGGCCGUUGGGCGGGCCUUCCUCCUCCAGGGCGGCGACUGCGCCGAGAGCUUUAAGGAGUUCAACGCCAACAACAUCCGCGACACCUUCCGCGUCCUCCUCCAGAUGGGCGCCGUCCUCAUGUUCGGCGGCCAGAUGCCGGUCGUCCGGGUGGGGCGGAUGGCGGGGCAGUUUGCGAAGCCGAGGUCGGAGCCCUUGGAGGAGCGAGACGGGGUGAAGCUGCCGAGCUACAGGGGAGACAACGUGAACGGCGACGCCUUCGACGCCAAAUCCCGGGUCCCGGAUCCGCAGAGGAUGAUAAGGGCAUACACCCAGUCGGCGGCGACGCUGAACCUGCUGCGGGCGUUUGCCACCGGAGGUUACGCCGCGAUGCAGAGGGUCACGCAGUGGAACUUGGACUUCACCGAACACAGCGAGCAGGGAGACCGAUAUCAGGAGCUGGCACACCGGGUGGACGACGCACUGGGGUUCAUGGCUGCGGCGGGGUUGACGAUGGACCACCCCAUAAUGACCACGACCGAGUUCUGGACCUCCCAUGAGUGCCUUCUCCUCCCCUAUGAGCAGGCUCUCACUCGACAGGACUCCACCUCUGGCCUCUAUUACGACUGCUCCGCCCACUUCCUCUGGGUCGGCGAGCGGACCCGGCAGCUCGACGGUGCCCACGUCGAGUUCCUUCGUGGCGUUGCCAACCCGUUGGGCAUCAAGGUGAGCGACAAGAUGAAUCCUAAGGAGCUGGUGAAGUUGACAGAGAUUCUGAAUCCCCACAACAAACCUGGAAGGAUCACCGUAAUCGCACGGAUGGGAGCAGAGAACAUGAGGGUGAAGCUUCCUCACCUCAUCAGGGCUGUUCGCUCUGCAGGUCAGAUUGUGACUUGGGUGAGCGAUCCCAUGCACGGCAACACCAUCAAGGCCCCGUGUGGCCUCAAAACUAGGCCUUUUGACGCCAUCCGGGCGGAGUUGCGAGCAUUCUUCGACGUGCACGAGCAGGAGGGGAGCCACCCGGGCGGCGUGCAUCUGGAGAUGACGGGGCAGAACGUGACGGAGUGCAUCGGCGGGUCUCGCGCCGUCACCUUCGACGACCUCAGCUCGCGGUACCACACCCACUGCGACCCCAGGCUCAACGCAUCCCAGUCCCUGGAGCUGGCCUUCAUCAUCGCCGAGCGCUUGAGGAAGCGGCGCAUCCAGUCGCUGCAUCGGACCGGCCCGAGCUCUUCGCCACCCGAGCCAUUCUGACGGAACGAAAUCGGAAUCUCUGCUCUCGACCUCAGAUCUCCAUGAAUGCUCCUCCUACAUUAAGACAUGAGAGCAGAUAUCUACUCUGUUUCAUCCCUGCUGUGGACAACAUGUCUUAUGAAUGUUACUUUAUGGCACAUCAACUUUGCCUCUCC